AGGAAGAGGGAGAGAACCGGGCUGUAGCCAAAGUGGCUAGUAGUGGCUAGCAGCUAGCACAAAAAAGAGGAAGAGAGAAAUGGAGCUGUCAUAAAACUUUAAGGAAUGUUUCUCUCAUCAAACGGGCAAAUACAGCUGAGGAGAAAACAGCCUCGGCUCUUCACGUGCAUGAGAUGAUGACAGACCAUCAGCAAUUUACAGACACAUUCGACCCAGAUCCAUCUUUCUGAAGGAAGAGAGGAGAAUUAAACUCUAUUUAAAGUGAUGACGAAGGCUUUGGCGUUCACAUGAUUGACAUUUCCCAGUCACAUGGCCAGACCCUGCGGUUAGCAUCCUUCGGUCAGCAGAUAAGACCGUCCCAUGCCCUCACCUGACUGGGUGUACAAGGAUGAAGAAGAUCAGUCUGAAGACGAUCAGAAAGUCACUUAACAUAAAGGGCAAAGAAGAUGGGGAUUUCGUCAUGCUUCAGCAGCCAUCUUUAGUGGCCGAGUUCACCAAGGAUGACUCUCUCUUCGGAGGCUGUUACACCAAAGGGCUGGUAGGUUGCGAUCUUAAUGGGGAGGAUGAGAAGGGUCAUAAGAACCGAUCGAAGAGCGAAAGUCUUAUGGGCACUCUAAAGAGGAGACUGUCUACCAAACAGAAAGCGAAAGUCAAAGGAGGCUCCACCACGGUGGGCUCUGGAGAUGAUGACGACACCUUCUCUUCCUCGUCGGUCCCGAUAAGCUUUAAUGAAGUCAAAGCCCAGCGGCCCUUAAGAUCCUCGUCCCUCCGAAGCCAUCAUUACAGCCCUUCUCCGUGGCCUUUCCGGCCAGUCGUCUCUGAAGAGGCUUGCAUCAAGAUGGAGGUGAAAGUCAAAGCUAUGGUCCACUCCCCCAAUCCCAGUCCCUCCCUCAAUGGCAUCAGAAAGGAGUUCCAUGACAUCCAAUUAGAAGGUUUGUUCCAGGAUCAGAGCGAGUCUCUGAAGGACAUGGAUACUCAGAGUGGCAACUUGCAUUUGAACAUUGAGGAUCACGUGCCUAUUGGACUCACACCUCAGGACUACAUCCAGUACACAAUGCCUUUAGAUGAGGGAAUGUACACAGAUUCAUCCCAGUCCUUCUGCUUGGAUGGUCCCUCGCCAAUGGACGUGAUCGAUCAGGUCGAAUCUAACUCGUUGCACGUGGAUCAGGGCCUGGAUGACCAUGAUCUCAUGCCAUCGGACAUUCUCAUGGAGCAGGAGGUGAACGGAUACCUUCCUGGUACUCCGGCGAUGGUCCUUUCCAACUCCAGAGCCGAUUCGAAAAGCGAGAGUCUUAUGGGCACUCUAAAGAGGAGACUGUCUACCAAACAGAAAGCGAAAGUCAAAGGAGGCUCCACUGCAGUGGGCUCUGGAGAUGAUGAUGACACCUUCUCUUCCUCGUCGGUCCCGAUAAGCUUUAAUGAAGUCAAAGCCCAGCGGCCCUUAAGGUCCUCGUCCCUCCGAAGCCAUCAUUACAGCCCUUCUCCGUGGCCUUUCCGACCCAUCGGCUCCGAAGAGGCUUGCAUCAAGAUGGAGGUGAAGGUCAAAGCUAUGGUCCACUCCCCCAGUCCCAGUCCCUCCCUCAAUGGCAUCAGAAAGGAGUUCCAUGACAUCCAUUUAGAAGGUCUGUUCCAGGAUCAGAGCGAGUCUUUGAAGGACAUGGAGACUCAGAGUGGCAACUUGCAUUUGAACAUUGAGGAUCACGUGCCUAUUGGACUCACACCUCAGGACUACAUCCAGUACACAAUGCCUUUAGAUGAGGGAAUGUACACAGAUUCAUCCCAGUCCUUCUGCUUGGAUGGUCCCUCGCCAAUGGACGUGAUCGAUCAGGUCGAAUCUAACUCGUUGCACGUGGAUCAGGGCCCGGAUGACCAUGAUCUCAUGCCAUCGGACAUUCUCAUGGAGCAGGAGGUGAACGGACACCUUCCUGGUACUCCGGCGAUGGUCCUUUCCAACUCCAGAGCCGACACACCUUUAUUUUCUCCCUCCCUGUCACCUCUUUCCAGCAACGAUAUUUCAAGGACCCUCUCUGGGUUCAGUGGUGCAGACUCUCAUGUUGUCGAGAGAGUGAGGCACCACCUGAACUUUGACCCUAAUUCCGCUCCCGGUGUUAGCAGGGUGUACGAUUCUUUCCAAAGCAGCGGACCCAUGGUUGUAACAAGCCUUACAGAGGAACUUAAAAAACUGGCCAAGCAGGGUUGGUACUGGGGACCUAUAACUCGAUGGGAGGCCGAGGAGAAGCUCAUCAACCUUCCAGAUGGCUCUUUUUUGGUGAGGGACAGUUCAGACGAUCGCUAUCUCCUCAGCCUGAGCUUUCGGUCACAGGGAAAGACGCUUCACACCAGGAUCGAACAUUCGAAUGGCAGAUUCAGCUUUUACGAGCAGCCAGACAUAGAAGGUCACACUUCCAUCGUAGAUCUCAUCGAGCACUCUAUAAAAGACUCUGAAAACGGCGCGUUCUGUUACUCCAGAUCCCGUCUGCCGGGGUCUGCCAUGUACCCCGUUCGGCUGACCAAUCCCGUGUCGCGAUUCAUGCAAGUGCGUUCGCUGCAAUAUCUUUGCCGCUUUGUCAUCCGACAGUAUACGCGGAUAGAUUUGAUUCAGAAACUGCCUUUACCAAACAAAAUGAAAGAUUAUUUGCAGGAGAAGCACUACUGAACAGACUGUAGUGGGAUAUGGUAAUAAAUUGCACUUUUUGUUGAGUGGCGCGUUCUCAAAACAGUUUACAUAUAUGGAGGUCAGGUGAUCAGUUGUGUAAAUUUGUUGUUGCUCAGAUUCAGUGUUUUACAUUUUGCAGGUCUUUUCAGAGCAACGUGGUAAGUCCAGAAACUAUUUAGUAUUGGGAUGCCAUGCUUAAUACACAUAUUCGUAUUGAUUAUAUGAAUAUGUUUUGCAGUGAUGCUAAUACAAAGCUUGGAUUUGAAGAUUGGAUGUUGCAAUAAUGUGCUUCAUUCAUCAAUAGUUUUGCUGUAGUGUAAAGGCCCUUUUACACGGUACGUGGCAGUCGCGAGUGUCUAGUUCAUUCUCAAUGGGAGACAUGCAAAAAGCGGCAAAAUGCUGGCGGUUUCGCUAGCAGCACGGAGGCAGAGCGCAAGCGGUGCUCGUGCACCCAAAAUCCUGCCGCUUCCAGGGCACGGUGAUUCAUGGCAGGCGCCGCCAAAGAUAAAAAUAUUUUAUCUUUUUGUGAGCGGCAGCCGCGUUGAUUUCAACCAAUCAGUGAACAGAUUACCAAUAACCAAUCAUAGAACAUUUAACUGAACUGCCUAUUGGAAAAAUAGAGGAGAAGAAGUGUAAUAGAUUUCCCAGAACUGUGUGACCCAUCUAAAAUCUCAUACAGAGACAUAAAUAAAAUUAUAUUUCAUUCAAAUUUUUACUUCAAUCGUGACCUCACAGGUAUGCUCUUUAGACAAUUCAUCAAAAACAACUUCACUUGUGCAACAAGAAAAAAAGGUAAAUAAUGACAACAAUUAAUGGCAGAAUGACGCAAACACAAGUUUCCGUUAUGUUUUACUUAGUUUUUAGUAAAUACAAAGGUGAUGUUGACAAUUGUAACUAUGGCAACGUCCACUCUGAGACCGCAACGCGACCACCGCCUCAACUGCACAAAACGCUUCCACUACAAGAGAAAGCGGCAGCCGCGCGGCGAUUCCACUGCUUGCCGCGUCCUGUGUGAAAGGGCCUUAAAGGUGUGGUCACAUUGGUGAAA